AUGGAGGCGGCGUCGCAGCAGCUCCGCGCGCUGCUGGGCGCGUGCGCGGCCGUCAGCGCCGCCGCGGCUUCCUCCGCGUCCUUGCAAGACCAGCUGGCGUUCUGGGACGAGCUCUGCGGCCCCGCGGCGCCCUCCGAGACCCUCGCGCUGGCCGCGGACCUGGCGCUGCUGCUGGCCAGCACCAACGUGGCCGACGACAAGCUCCUGAGCCUGCUGCGCGUGCUGCUGCUGCACCCGUCGCUGCACUGCGCGGGGCUCGUGCGGCUGGCGCAGCUGACGUUCCAGGGCCUGAAGCGCGCCAAGCGCUGGGACGCGCUGCAGGCAGUCUCCACGCAGCUGCUGGACGCCAUCUACGCCAAAGUUUUGCUGCAGGACACGCGCGAGCGCGCGCUGCGCUUCUACGUGGAGGUGCUCGUGGGCUUCCAGCACUCAGCCGAGCUGUACGCAAGAAAUGUGCCGAAACUCGUCAAAUUGGCGGAAUUGUUCAGCGGAGAAGACGCCGAGGAGAACACGGAGCUCGUGCACCCGCUGCUGGUGGCGUGCGCCGCUCUGGAGCACUGUCAUAGAGGAUAUGAGGCGGAGGCCAUGACGCUGCGCAGGGCGAUGAGAGCGAGCUUCGGCUCCCACGUGGACCGACCCACUGCGGCGGAGGCCGAGAGGCUGCUGAGAUCAAGCGCGUGGGUGCUGCCUGCAGAGAAGCUGGACGAGAUGCUGCCGUCCAUUGAAGGCAAGUGGGUGGUGGACGAGUUCAUUAGUGACCAGCAUGGGAACGGAGGUCCGCAGAACGCAGGCUCGGUCUUGCUGAAGAAGACGACCAACUGCUUCGCUCACGAAGUGAAGGCGACGGUGGAGGACCCCAAGGCCAAGCAGACGUUGGAGCUAACGGGGUAUUUGUUCCAGCAGAUGCCGGAGAUGCAGGUGCUAGCGGCUCACCCGGAGACGAUGGAGGCUUCGCAGUGGGAGCUGGAGGGACAUUGGAGGCAGCUCCAUGAUGAAGCUGGACCUGCGACGACUACUGUGCCUAUGGCUCCGAUUGCACCGCCGACGUGGGACUGUCGCGCGUGUACGAUGAACAACGAAGGAAGCGCAACAAAGUGCACGACGUGCGGGACAGAGCGCCCCGCGGAUGUGAACGUGCCGACGAUCGCCAGCACCAGUAAAGGCAGCAACCCGGCUCCAUUUUCCGCGGUGUUUAGCUCGGAUCUGUCGUUCAUGCGCAUGAAGUGGUCGCGCGGAGAGCAACAAGGAGUUUGGCUGGCUCGCAAGCAGAUCGUUGAGAAGGAAUUCGACCUUGCCGUGUCCCUGGCAGCUGCUAACAACGCGAUGAUGGACUCAACGAACCUGCCAGCUUUCGUGUUUUCACCUGAGGGCAACCCGGCUAGCACGCUGGUGUUGGAACGCCCUAUUCUCUCGACUUCGGAUCGUACGGAGUUUACUGUUCAAAUCUGGAUUCGCCCAGAGCGAUCACCUUCAGGAAAUGAUGCUCAGGUGGUUCUCGCGAAUGGCCACGACUUCGAGUUGUUGCUGACGAGCGCCGGGCAUUUAAUGUGGCAAAUUGCGGGAGGCCGUUAUACUGUGACUUCCCGUGAUCCUGUGCAGUUCGGCGUGUUCAGCCACGUGACAAUGACGUUUAGCCAAGACAGGGUGGUGUUGCUGAUCGAUGGUUCUGUUGCAGCUGAAACGGCAAGAUCGAGCGUGCUGGAUGAGGCUGGACCCUCUGCACCGGGCACGUCUUUGCUAACUAUUGGUGGAAGCUUUGCAAGUUGCGAUCCGAGCGAAAAGGGAAAGGGGCCAAGCUGCUUUUAUGGCCAGAUGCUCGACUUGCGCAUUUGGUCGACGCUUUCGACCAACCUUGACGAGAACUGGAGUAUCUGGAAUGCUUUAACUGGUCAAGAAGGACACCUCGUUGGAUACUACCCGCUAGCUGGUGACUCCGAGCGACUGUUGCUGGAUCUGUCAAAACAGCAAAACCAUGCAUGCGUCUUCGAAGGAUACCAGUCCCCAGAUGUCGUUCACGACGCAUCGAUCUCAUUGAUCAGUUGCUUUGCCCCCGCGACCCCAGCGGAGGCUAUCCCGGUGAAGAACGCGUUCGCGGUCUCCCUAGGAAGUGAUUUUUUCGGCAGUGGCAAGUUUUCUCUUCCCAGCGACUCGAGCGAAGAAUCAACUGGCUUACGCGUUGACAGCGGAGAUUCAGGUGCCGCUUUAUGGCGUCAGAAUGCAGUUUCGAUUGCGGUCGGCUUUCAGUCGAUGCUGUCUAUUGCGUCCCCGGUCGCAGAAGCUUCGUCUUCUCGUAAUACUGUCGUGUUUGCGCUUUGCGAAGCCUCUUUCUGGGACCUCGUCCCUUUGUUGUCAGAAGCCGCGAAGAUAUCAAACGUGGUUCGUGAUAAUGGAGUUGACCCGUCCCUUCGCCAUUUCGAUGGGUCUGCUAUGCUGAUCAAGGUUACUUCGGACGUCGUAUCGCCCGGGAUUCAAAUGUAUGAACUGGGAUUGUAUAUUUGGUCGAAGAAGCAGGGCAGCCCUCUCUCUCGCAUCAAGUACGAGCUGCCCAGACGCCUUCUGUCCGUCGCUAUUGGUGGCGUUGGCGUUGUGUUUGAAGUUGCAGUGGAUCUCGAGCUUGCUCUUCGGAUGAAAUCGGACAACCCAGUGCGAACUGGACUAAUUUUCCCGGCUGCUAACGAUUCAACACCGACCUGGCUGCUGAAGUGGACUUUUGAGUCGCUCACUUCUAAUUCACUCGAGGAACCUGCAGGCUCAGUGCUGGGUAACGUGUACUCCGCUCUUCAAUCAGAACGCUCUAGUAGUGGCGACGAGGAAAAUGGGGGUGACAAUGAUACCAUUAUGUGCACCCGAGUGAGCACGGAUGGAAGUGCCAUUUCACAGGAAGCAUACGGGUGUCAGACGUGCAGUUUAGUGCAUGGAAGCAGCAUUUGCCGGGCGUGUGCUGUUAUCUGUCACGAGGGCCACGAAUUGGUUGCGUUGGGUGUGAUCACGACUGCUUGCGCUUGUCACGUUCGGGGCAAUGGUCUCUGUCGUUGCAGCAGUGCUGUCCGUGUUUCCGAAUUCCCUGCGCUCGGCCGUCCCGUAAACGUAUCUCUGUGGGGCUGUAACAAGUGCACAGUGAUCAACAGUGUUGAUCUCAAGCAGUGCAGUGUAUGCGGUAACAAUGCGCCUGAGGUAAAUGCUGCUGGGACCACGUCUGCGACUCCGCAAUCCACCUGCACAGCGUUGGCAUUGGUUGAGCAGCCUAAGCCGGCUGUGGAUUGGUCGUGUGAAGCGUGUACCAUGCUCAACAACGCGACUGCGGCGAAAUGCUCUAUCUGUGAUACCCCGCGAGCAGCGCAAGCUGAACCUGAGGUUGUUGGAUCCAACCAAGAGAGCAAAACCGACAGCGGACUAACCACUCUUUACUACGCAGCGGAAGAUGCUGCUAAGCAGGAUCAUCCCAUGGCGACACAACCUACUGGUCCGUGGAUUUGCUCUGCGUGCACAAUGGAGAAUCAGGCCACGGACACUUCGUGCCACAUGUGCUCGACCGUUCGAGAGAUCCCCAUCGCCGCUGCAGUUGACCUCUCCGAAGUGGUGAUGGCCUUACCUGCUCCCAAAGUUGACGCUACGCCUGCGUCGUCACCGAUGAGCAUGGACAUGGAUAAUGGAGGUGGAUCUGCCACUCCUGAAUCUGCUGUGGACUCACACUCUUCGAAGCUGGAUAACGUGAAGUACCUGGACGAGUAUAAGCGAACGGCGGCUCUGGCAUUCAGCCACUUGCUGGAGAUCGGAAGCAUGAACGACUCAGUGUGGGAAACUACCGGUGGCAAAAUGCACAUUGCCCUGGACAAGAGCUUCGUUGGCGAGUACAUUCGUGGAACGUACCUGGAGAAGGAUGGAAAGUUGAGCGGACUUGCAAGACUGACUGAUGACGGAGCAUGGAAGCUGGAUGGAAAAUUCAAAAAGUUGUCCCAGUCGCAGUCUAAUGCUUGCACGCUCUACUGGGACAAGGUAGCAUCUCGCUUUGACGGAAAGUGGUAUCGGGGUGACGGAUCUGGGGACUGGAAGUGCCUUGCGUCGCCGUAUGCGUCGGAUUUCUGUGGACUGGCCCCGACGGACCCGGUGAAGAAGCCAAACGAGUUGCAGCCAUUCUACGCCGGCAUGGUGAAUAUGAAGCAGAACCUGACAAACGUGUGCUAUCAGAACAGCUUCCUCCAAACGCUGUACAUGACGCAAGACUUCCGGCGCUUGAUCUUGUCGUGCAACGGUCAGAACUACUUCGCACCGUACGCGGACAACGGCUCAGUGGGCAGCGGAAACGUUGUUGGCACCAUUCAGGAUCUGUUUGCGCAGAUGACUGCUUCACAGAGACCUUAUCUCGCUACCCAUGCCCUGCAGCGAUGCCUUCCAGUGGAGUUCAAGAAUGGACGUCAGCAGGAUACCUCCGACUUUGCGCACUACUUGAUUGACUCGCUUAGCCAACAGUUGAGCCAGCACGAAGACACUACGGACGACAUCCCGUCAAUCUUUGGUGGCCACCAGGCGACGAUUUUGGCGUGCAAAACUUGUGGCAAGAAGUCUGUGAACCGCGAGUACUUCUGGGAGCUAUUGCUGAACAUGAUUGACCUGCGCUACACGCCAAUCACCAGCAUCUCCGCAGUAAGCGGGUCGUCGAUGGAUAUCCAUACCCCAGAGGGUUACGAGCGGCUGAACUCCGACUUGAACAAGGAUCGCACAGGUGCACCAUACGUGUAUUUGUGCGUGAAGAGAUGCCCGGAGCGUGCGACUACGACUGACAUUUCGAUUGAAGAUGAUAGCGGGCGGAUAAUGCCUAUUACGGAGCUGGUGGUGAAGGUAGCAUUGACUACCGAUCCCAAGCCCUCUUUGCCGGGCUUCGAGCGCGUGGAUCUCGAUCUGAACGUCGGUGGUGGUGUUACUGCGGGCGGAAAGAAGCAAGUCUACUUGUUCUUCCGUCGUGAACCGAAUGGCUCGCCUAUCACUGAUCUCCAAGUGAUCUACGGCACCGAAUCGAUUCCUGAUGGCUUCAAGCAAAUCCAAGUGGACCUAAACCAGGGAGAUGGAUCCAAGGUGUACUUGUGCUACCGGUGCGAUAUGCCGAUCACCGACCUGAAAAUCGUGAACAGCGGCAUCCCUGGAUACCGAAUGGUGGACCAUCUACUCAACGUAAGCCACGAAGACGCGGUGAAGCAGUAUCUUGCGCUCAAGGUUGGUGGCAACGAACCUUGUCUGACAGAUUUGAAACUCGUCGAGGGCAGUUCCGUUCCAACGUACGAGGAGCAGGGAUGGCAAUCAAUUGGAAGCCCGCUUUCGUCGGCUCCUCUUGCUGAUCCUUCUCCGACUGAUGAACCGUUCGUGCCGGCGCAACUGAUGGUCCGUCGGGGCCAUGGUAACCCUAUUUUCGCGGUUGACGUGUUCCGCGCCCCCCGUCAAGUGCCUAAGUACAAUGACUACGAGGGCGAUUGGAUGGGUAGCGAGGAAACGGAUCGUGGGCGGAAGGCGGUGCGGCUACGGUCAGUCUCAGAGCCAAUUUCGGAUGCUUUGCUGGUGAAGGGAGCGCUGGAUGACAAGGGGGAACUGUCUUGCGUUGCUACACGGGUAUCGACAUGGUCAGACUCGAUCACAGCAGCUCCAGCUGCCGAAUCUGCCGAUCCUUCUUCCUCUGUGGCUGCAAGUACUAACCCGAGCCCAAGAGUGUACCGUGUAUCCGGCUAUUGGAAGAAUGCGAAGGUGCCGAGUGCGCAGCUUUUCGAUGUUGAGCUGCGCCCUGCACCCGCUGGUGCUCAAGAUGCCUCUAUGGUAACGUCGUCGCAAGGAGAACCGGCGCGAUCGUACACCAUCAGCGGCACUAUUGGCGAUGGAAGGGGGAAACCGAUUGCGAUCCAGGGCGUACAAACGUCACGAAAGGUGAAGAUCAAGUGGCCUAUCUCCGGUAUUGUUGUCCUUCGUGGCGACGAGCGCGUGCCUGAAGGCGUUCAGGUUGUCCGUGAAACUUGUUCAGGCCGCUCUGGAAACCUGCUGGCACAGACUGUCUCCCCUCACACGCUUUAUCUGGCGGUGAAACGAGAGGAGAUACCUGCCGAGGGCUACAUUACUGACGUGUGCGUUAUCUACGGCGAGAUCGACGCUGUUCCCGAGCACUACACGUGCAUACAGACGACACCUGCAGGCCAUUCGGCUAACCUAAAUGACGGCACAACGGGCGUACCUGUUUUCAUUUGCUACCGCCGCAGUGGAAGUGAUGCAGCAGCGGAUAGUGGAAGUACUUCUGUUUCCAAGAGCUUGAUGGAUCUGGCGUUGAUGUGGACGUCGGGUGCGCAGCCCGAUACACUCCCCAACGGGUACACUAAAAUCCAGCACACGCCUCUCGGCAUGGAAGCAAACCUGAACCAGGGCACAAGUGGCGUGGCGAUUCACAUUUGCUACUCGAAAUGCGACGUGAAGGAUAUCGUCAAGCCCCUGGACAACCCGUUGAACGGUGAGUACGAAAUCACGAGCUCACCGCUACCCGCGUUUGGUCGUUUCCUGAGCCUUUCGGUCGUGGAGGAGCUUGAAGAAGUUCGGACGGUGGAGGGUAACUUCGGUAUCGUGUUGCAUGCUCAGCUGAUUGGAUCUAUGAACGGGUUACUCGUUACGUCAAAGCACCAGCAGUCAGGAGACAAAAAGAACCGCACGAUUAUUGGAGCAUGGAGAGUUGAGAGUCCGAUGGCUGGCGGUGUAGGCGCGACCAUGAACGAUUUCUUGCCGUCCAGCUAUCCGUUCGAGUUGACACUAAACGAAGCGGCUACGGAAAUGGAUGGGUGGUGGAGUGGUGCCGAAGGUGCCCCUGGCAGUGUGUCCAAGCCCGCUGUCUCUGUCGUUACACCAACCACCGGGUCUACGAACAAUACGGCAGCGUCUGCCUCCACUCCUGUUGUUGUCGGCGGCAAGUGGAAGAUUAUUAAGGAUUCGUACGUGCACGUGGCGUUCAAGAAGGAUUACAGCACGGAGUGGCAAGAUGGCAAGCUGGUGUUUUCCGAGCGUGUGUGGCGUCACGACAUCGAGUCCAUGCUGUCGCGCUUCGUUGCCACGCGCACGCUGGGAGGCGACAACGCUCUGUCCUGCAGCGUGUGCCAGCGUAAGACGGAGUCACGGACGCACACGGUGAUCUUUGAGCCACCCGAGCACUUGAUCAUCACGCUGAAGCGCAUGUCUUACGAUUGGACGCAGCAGAAGGCGUGCAAGUGCCUGCACGACGUUCGUUUCCCCGCGUUCCUGACGCUCCCAUCCCUGACGGAGGAGGAAGAGGCUGCUGUGUAUGAUUCAGCGAAUGGAGAUUCGACACAAGCGAAGCAGCAGCAUCAAUCACGCCAAUACGGUUUGUAUGGUGUCCUGGUUCACUCUGGAUUGACCGCCAAUUCAGGUCACUACUACAGCUUCUGUCGCGAGAGUGACGAGAGCACGCGGCAGCUGCAUCUGGAGGACUCGACAUUAUCCCCGUGGAUCAAGUUCAACGACACGAAGGUCGAGCGCUCGAACUGGAAGGAGAUCAACCGCCAGGUGUCCAGCACCGUGUCGGACACGGUGUAUCUGCUGCUGUACAAGAAGCUCUCGUACGAGCCGACGCCUUCGCCCAGCGACGGAUACCAGGCGGCAGACGGGGUGAGCUCCGAUGAUGAGGAGGCGAUGCUGCUCGCCAAGGCCAUGGCGCUGUCCAUGUCCGCAGCGAAGCACAACCAACACCGGCAGUUAGAGGAAGAAACCAAGGGCGACGCCGACAGCUUGGAGAGUGAGAACUCAACGGUGCUGUCGACUAACGGCGUGACCAAGGCUCUUCUCAAGAAGGUGGAGGAAGAGAACGCGGCGUACCUGCGUGACUCGCUGGCUGCCACCUCCAGUGCGCUGCACGCAGACGAUCUGCACACUUUGCUAAUGCUUCGCCACUCGCUACCGCUGCAUCUGCGCUCGCUGCUGGACGAGAUUUGUUAA